GGAUGUUCAACUCUUUGGCUGUGCAAGGACCUACAACAGCAUGCCUAUGUUACGCUGAAGGUAUUCGAGUGCAAUUCGGAAGAAGGCCAAAGAGAGACAGACAUCUACCACUAUUUGAAUUUCCUCGGUGCAGUAAAUCAUGCUGGUGCUAAGCUUAUCCGCAAAGCGUUGGAUAGCUUCCAGAUUAUUUCUGCAGACCGUAAAUUUGGAUGUCUUGUUCAUCCUCCGCUGGGGAUAAGUCUAUAUGAUUUUCGCGCCCAAUUUGGGGCGAAGGUACUCUCCGAAAAUAUAGUCAAGUUGACCCUGAUGCAUCUCCUUCUUACUCUUGAUUAUCUUCAUACAGAUGCUGGGAUUGUCCAUUCGGGUAUUAUCCAAAAGAACAUCAUGAUGGGUAUUGAGGACACAACGAUCUUAGCCGAUUUUGAAGAGCGAGAGAAAUCCAAUCCUAGCCCACAGAAAAUCAUUGGAAAUCGGGUAAUCUAUGUUUCUCGAAAGCUUAGGAAAACCAAGCAACAUGGUCGUCCUAUCCUUUGUGAUUUUGGUCAGGCUCGCUAUGGGUCCAAUACUUACACCAGGGAUAUUCAGCCCUAUAUUUACCGGACUCCCGAGGUGGUAUUACGGAUGCCUUGGUAUGAAAAGGUUGAUAUCUGGAACGUCGGAGUGCUGACAUGGGAUAACUUCCAACAAGGACAUCUGUUCUACGCUCGAGAUUCAGCUAAGGAAAACUCUGAUGGCCAUCAUCUCGCCGAAAUGAUCGCAUUAUGGGACCACCACCGAGAGAAAUGAUUCAGAGCAGUGACUUUGCGAGCGAAUUCUUUGACCGCGAAGGUAUGUAUGAAUCAUGAUCUUCCAAGAGGCUUUUGCUGACUACGAAAUAGGGAAUGGGAAGGGGACCAUUGAUAUCCCUCCUAUUUCGUUGGAGAAGCUGGAAGCAAGUUUGGAUGGUAAAUCGCAGCAGCUUUUCAUCCAAUUCCUUCGCAAGAUACUCAAACGGAAGCCCGAGGAGAGAGAAUCGGCAAGGGACCUAUUGGACGAUCCUUGGUUACGUUCACCUUAAGACAUACAUCGAUGCUUAGCAGAUC